AAACCCUAACAUCAGCUGAUCUCAUUCUCACCCAAAAAUCAAAAUUCUCCGAUUUCAAUAAAAUCUCUUCUCUUUCUCUCUCUCCCACAUUCGCCCCACUUUCUCUCUCUGCUACAGUCAUUCCUGUCGCCCUCAAUCGCGACUUUCGACCACCACUUCCACCCCCUUUUUUCCCCUUUCUUUUUUUUUGGCCCCCUUUUUCUCUCUCUUUCUUUCUUUCUCAUAUAAAUUAGGGCAUCUGUAAGAAUAUGACUUCUUCUUCUUCUACUAAUCAUACUAAUAACAACAACACCAACAACGACUCUGAACCUGAUUCUUCUUCUUCUCCUGUUCUUCCCCCUCCUUCUUCCGAGCUUCUUGUUGUUGAAGCUCAACAACAGCAAGAAGAAGAAGAAUUCAUGGAGAAAUCUGAUGAUCCAACAAUGGAGGAAGAUUCUAUUAAUAAUAAUAAUAAUCCUGCUACUGUUUUUUGCAUUAAAUUGAAGCAACCUCGUGCUAAUUUGCUUCAUAAAAUGAGCGUCCCUGAUCUCUGUCGCAAUUUUAGUGCUGUUGCAUGGUGUGGGAAGCUGAACGCUAUAGCAUGUGCUUCAGAAACUUGUGCUAGAAUUCCAAGCUCUAAUGCCAAUCCACCAUUUUGGAUUCCUAUACACAUAGUGAUACCAGAGCGUCCCACCGAAAGUGCUGUAUUCAAUGUCAUAGCAGAUUGUCCCCGUGAUUCAGUUCAAUUUAUUGAAUGGUCUCCACCUUCCUGUCCGCGGGCGUUAUUGAUUGCAAACUUUUAUGGAAGAGUAACAAUUUGGUCGCAACCUUCACAGGGACCAGCUAAUUUAGUGCGAGAUGCUAGUUCCUGGCAGCAUGAACAUGAAUGGAGGCAGGAUAUUGCAGUUGUUACAAAGUGGCUCUCUGGUGUUUCUCCGUAUAGGUGGCUUUCUGCAAAAUCCAAUAAUAAUACGAGCUCGAAGUCAACAUUUGAAGAGAAGUUCCUUCCACAACAACCUCAAACUUCAGCUAGGUGGCCGAACAUCCUUUGUGUCUGUUCUGUUUUCUCUUCAGGAUCGGUCCAACUUCAUUGGUCUCAGUGGCCAUCCCGGGAUGGUGCAGCAGCAAAGUGGUUCUGCACAAGCAAAGGGCUCCUGGGGGCUGGACCCAGUGGGAUCAUGGCAGCUGAUGCUAUUGUGACUGACUCAGGGGCCAUGCAUGUUGCAGGCGUCCCUAUUGUAAAUCCAUCAACAGUUGUAGUCUGGGAGGUUACUCCAGGGCCUGGAAAUGGAUUCGAAGCAACUCCAAAAACAACAAUAAGCAAUGUAGUCCCUCCUUCGGCUAACCCCCCUAGUUGGUCAGGGUUUGCCCCCCUUGCAGCUUAUUUGUUUGACUGGCAAGAAUACUUCAUAUCAGAGGCAAAACAAGGGAAGAAGCACUCAUAUAAAGAUUUUACUGAAUGUAUUUCAUUGUAUUGUUCGCCAGUAUCAAAUUUUUCAGCAUAUGUAAGUCCUGAGGCUGCAUCACAAUCAGCUGCAACCACAACAUGGGGCUCUGGUGUCACAGCUGUUUCAUUUGAUCCAACUCGCGGGGGUUCUGUUAUCACUGUGGUUAUAGUUGAAGGGCAGUACAUGUCCCCGUAUGACCCCGAUGAGGGGCCUUCAAUCACAGGAUGGAGAGUGCAACGCUGGGAAUCAUGCCUUAAACCUGUUGUACUUCACCAGAUAUUUGGUAGUCCUAACAAUUUCGGGGGGCAGCCACCCAUGCAAACAGUUUGGGAGACCAAGGUCAACAAAAGCAUCCCACCAACUGAUGAUUUUAAAUCUCAGCAAGCAGCAUCAGCAGGACCAACCUCUGAUGUGCAUCCUAAACCUGAGUCAUAUGCUGAUAAGACAAAAAGGGUGUCCUUUGAUCACUUCAAUAUGCCCAGUGAUGUCAGGACACUUGCUCGCAUUGUUUAUUCUGCUCAUGGUGGUGAAAUUGCUAUUGCAUUUUUACGUGGAGGGAUCCAUAUUUUUUCAGGGCCAACCUUUACACCUGUAGAUACUUAUCAGAUUUAUGUUGGCUCAACAAUAGCUGCUCCUGCUUUUUCUUCAACAAGCUGCUGCUCAGCUUCGGUAUGGCAUGACACCAGCAAAGACUGCACUAUGCUGAAGAUAAUACGUGUUCUCCCCCCUGCUCUUCCCAAGAAUCAAGCAAAAGCCAGCUCUCCAACUUGGGAACGUGCAAUUGCAGAAAGAUUUUGGUGGAGUCUUUUGGUUGGGGUAGAUUGGUGGGAUGCUGUUGGCUGUACACAGAGUGCGGCUGAAGAUGGAAUAGUUUCUUUGAACAGCGUUAUUGCAGUUUUGGAUGCUGACUUCCAUUCACUGCCCUCAACUCAGCACAGGCUGCAAUAUGGACCUAGUCUUGACAGAAUAAAAUGCAGGCUAUUGGAAGGCACAAACGCUCAGGAAGUCAGAGCUAUGGUUCUUGAUAUGCAAGCAAGAUUGUUAUUAGAUAUGCUUGGGAAGGGAAUUGAAUCAGCACUAAUAAAUCCUUCAGCUCUAGUAUCCGAGCCAUGGCAGGCAUCUGGCGAAAUGUUGAAUUCGUUUGAAAUUGAAUCCAUGGCUGUUGAUCCAGCACUGGUUUUAAGUGUUCAGGCCUAUGUUGAUGCUGUUCUUGAUCUUUCUUCGCAUUUUAUAACGCGUCUCCGUCGUUAUGCGAGCUUUUGUCGUACAUUAGCAAAUCAUGCUGUUCAAGCGGGAACUGGUGGCAACCGGAGUAUGGUGGCUAGCCCUACACUAAGUGCUGCAUCUCCUGCUCCAAGUCAGGGAGCUCAAAGUGGUACAACAAGCUCAACAGGGAGCACACAAAUGCAGGCUUGGGUCCAAGGUGCUAUUGCCAAAAUCAGUGGUACAACAGAUGGAGUUCCCAGCUCAGCUCCGAAUCCCUUGAGCGGGCCAACUUCAUAUAUGCCAAUCAGUAUAAAUACUGGGACUUUUCCUGGUACACCUGCUGUCAGGCUAAUAGGCGACUGUCAUUUCCUUCAUAGAUUGUGCCAACUUUUGCUGUUCUGCUUCUUUUUCCGACGAGCACAGCUACCCCGGUACCUUCAAAGCUCUCAGAGAAUGACUGACGCAAGUAUGCAAAAGCCUCAGCCUAAUGGUGCAAGCAAGGUUGAAGAGAACCAAACGAAACCCAUGACAGUUGCAGGCAGGGCAGAAGAUGUUCAGGGGGUUCGUCCUAAUCAGUUGGUUGCUGGUGUCAAAGUUGAAGAUGGCCCUGCCAGCCGAGCUAGGCUAGGAACUGGCAAUGCUGGUCAAGGAUAUACUUAUGAUGAGGUUAAAGUGCUGUUUCUAAUACUGAUGGAUCUCUGUAAGCGAACAGCGGGUCUUGCGCACCCGUUGCCUGUCUCUCAGGUUGGAAGCUCCAAUAUCCAGGUCCGGCUACAUUAUAUCGAUGGAAAUUAUACAGUCUUACCAGAGGUUGUUGAAGCAUCACUUGGUCCACAUAUGCAGAAUAUGCCUAGGCCUAGAGGUGCAGAUGCUGCUGGUUUGCUGCUACGAGAGUUGGAACUCCACCCCCCUGCAGAGGAAUGGCAUCGUCGAAACAUGUUUGGUGGACCGUGGUCUGAUCUUGAUGAUAUGGGCUCUGUAGAUGAUAGCUCUAAGUUAAGCGCUUCUGUAGAUCCCCUUGAUUCAAGUGCGGUAGAGAGUUGUGAUGUUUCUUAUGGAGUACAGAGCCUAUGGCCAAGGAAGCGCAGGCUGUCUGAAAGGGAUGCUGCUUUUGGUUUUAAUACUUCAGUCGGUUUGGGAGCUUAUCUUGGUAUAAUGGGAUCUCGACGAGAUGUGGUGACUGCUGUUUGGAGGACUGGUCUGGAGGGUGUUUGGUAUAAGUGUAUAAGGUGUUUGCGACAAACAUCGGCCUUCGCUUCAACAGGUUCUACUAAUUCAUCUAAUCAGAAUGAUCGAGAAACAUACUGGAUAAGUCGCUGGGCAUAUGGUUGCCCAAUGUGCGGUGGAGUAUGGAUCCGAGUUGUAUAAAUAAAUAUCUUUUAGGUUGUACAUUUUGUUAGUUGAACUUGAACUCUGUCUAGCAGGAAAAAGCUUCAUCACUCUUAGAAGAGUUGAUGAUAAAGCUGAUGAAGUGAACAAGCUUAUUGGGUUGAGAAUAUGAUACAAUUGUAGCAUUCACACGGAUGAAAGAGUCAAAGAUGCAAGCAUUAUCAACCAGAUCGAGCUUUGCAGCGAAAACUUUCAAAAGAUCUCAGCGCUGGCUGAGAAUAGAGUAGCAGGAAAAGAAAAUAAACAAGGUUCUUACUCAGGAUUGAUAGUAUUCUGAUAGAAUAUGCUGUCAUCAUAACUUGUAUAUAUGUUGGUUCCCUGUGGAUGAUUGGAGGCCUGAAAUUUGAGGUUCCAAAGAUGUAUUAUAGGAGUAAUAGUAGUCAGCAUUAUAAAAGAGUAUAUUGAAAACUGAUAUAUGUCUAGUGGAGUUUGUGAUAUGUACAAUUUUGUAAUAGUUUUGUAUCUUCAGUUCUUUGUGUCUUUUUUUAGCCAAUAUAAGUAUUUGAUAGAUUCUCCUGGA